AUGGCACCUCACCCACUGGACACCCUUACUGAUUCCUAUUCGACAGUCGCAUCACCGAGCUGUCCAGAGGAGCCUCCUCGUCUUGAAACGGAUCCCACACCACCCGUCGAUCCUAUAACAGUACCUGACCCCGAUGAUGGUGCAGCUACUGAGGAGAACCCUCCUAGCACUACUGCUGUUGCAGUCCAUGCAUCUAGUGACUCCACUGAACCCGUGUGUGGAGAGGAUUGGAGUGAUGCACGUAUAGCGGCCCGAGUUGAGGUGAAGUAUACGUCUGAAAAGGGUAGGUGCAUGUUUAGUCGUGUAGAUGGAGAUCUCAUGCAUCCUGGAGAUAUAGUUUUUGCUGAGUCUCCACUGCAAAUAGUCACACCGGACACCUGCUCU